AUGAAAACUCCAACCAUUUCUUUGAUUCUUCUCCUCAUCUUGCCGUGCUCAUUGGCAGCUCCGGCCGCCGGUGGCUUCCUACAAUGCCUGUCCGCAAAAUUCGACAACUACUCUUCGAUUUCCAACGUUGUCUACACCUCAAAAAAUUCAUCAUACACUUCUAUAUUGGAACAUACCAUCUACAAUCUUAGAUUCGACACGGAAUCUACACCUAAGCCGCAGGUGAUCAUAACCCCAGAACACGAAUCUCAGAUCCCGCCUGUCAUACACUGCGCCAAAAAGGCUGGCCUCGAAGUUAGGAUUCGAAGCGGAGGCCAUGACGCAGAGGGAUUGUCUUAUGUGUCACGAGUCCCGUUUGUGGUCAUUGAUUUGAUCAAAUUAAAUGAAAUUACUGUCGACGCUGCGGCCAAAACUGCGUGGGUUGGAGCCGGUGCGACUCUCGGAGCUUUGUAUUAUAGGAUCGCGGAGAAGAGCCCGGUUCUUGCAUUUCCGGCGGGUGGUUGCCUGACAGUUGGCGCCGGAGGCCACUUCGGUGGAGGAGGCUAUGGCUUGUUGAUGAGGAAGUAUGGCUUGGCUGCUGAUAAUGUGAUCGAUGCAAGAAUAGUCGACGUUAAUGGCAGAAUUCUCGAUAGAGAAUCAAUGGGCGAAGAUCUGUUCUGGGCCAUCAGAGGCGGCGGUGCCGCCAGCUUUGGUGUAGUUGUUGCCUGGAAGGUACGACUAGUGGAUGUACUGGAAAAAGUCACUGUCUUCAGGGUAGACAGAACACUAGAACAAAACGCAACUCAAAUCAUCCACCGCUGGCAAUACAUAGCUCCCAGCAUCGACAAAGAGUUAUUCAUCGAUGUAUUGAUAUCCCGAUCGAGCACCGGCCAAUCACCAACCAAUCGGACCGUCGUCGCCUCGUUCAUCGCACUCUACCUCGGCGGCAUCGACACACUGCUUCCCCUGAUGCAGAGAACGUUCCCCGAGCUCGGCCUAGUGCGAGGAGACUGCAACGAGACGAGCUGGGUCGAAUCGACCCUCGCCAUCAACGGCUUCCCCGUCCAAAACUUGCAAAUCCUGCUCAACAUAACUCAGCCCAAAGGCUACUCCAAACAGAAAUCAAACUACGUGAAGAAGCCAAUCCCAAAACAGGGCUUUGAAGGGAUUUGGGAAAAGUUCUACAAAGAAGAAGCCAUGGAUGGUUUGACGUUCCUUUUGGAGCCCUACGGCGGGAGAAUGGCGGAGAUCUCCGAAUCCGCCAUUCCUUUUCCUCAUAGAGGUGGCAAUCUUUACCUCAUCACGCAUCUCAUCAAUUGGGGAGAAGAGAGUGCUCGGGAUUCGGAGAGCUACGUGAGGUGGUCGAGGAGGAUUGAGGAUUACUUGACUCCUUACGUGUCGAGUAACCCGAGGGAGGCGUAUCUCAACUACAGAGAUCUCGAUAUUGGAGUUAACAACGUUGUCGGGGAGACGAGCUACAGGCAAGCUAGUGUUUGGGGAAGGAAAUAUUUCAAGAACAAUUUCGAUCGCCUUGUACGGGUGAAGACCAUGGUUGAUCCCGGGAAUUUCUUCAGGAACGAACAAAGCAUUCCGCCGUUGCGAUCCAAGUGGAAAAAAGGGGAGUGAGAAAUCUAAGAUUUAGGUAAGAAUUAAUAAGACCAUUGUGAUGUUUUAUGUUAUGUUAUGUAUUUAAUCCUAAUUAGCUCUAGAAAUAAGGUUAAGUCAUUGUUGUUAUCCUAAUUUAUUUGUAAUUUCUCUACGAAUAAUUUUCUAUUGUAGGUUG